AUGGAACUCGACUGUUCAGCAAUUGGUUCAGCGACCUACUAUUACCUCAGAGAGCGUCAUCACGGCUCUCAUGACCAAAGCUACCUGCAACCAACAUCAUCAAUCCUAUCAAAAGGUAAAACAUUCUGCAAGUUUUGUAACAAGGCUGGUCAUGAUCUAGAAACAUGUCUUACUGCAAAACAUAUAUUAGAUCAAGCCAAAGGUGAUUUUAUUGAAAAGAACCGAAAUAAAUCUUCAAGUUCGUCACAAUAUUCUAGAUCUACCGCAGCGGCUCCUCUCAAAAAUAAAGGAAAACAACUUCAAAUGGCCUCUCUAGGUGGAUCUAAAAAUGAUUGGGAUCAAACUUUCAACUCCAGUAAAAUCAAGUCAACCAAAUCUGAAUCGAAAGAAAAACGUCCUGCUCAACUUGGAAAAAGCUCUCAAGAUAAUUGGUAUCAAACCUCGAGCACCAGCAAAACAAGUUCAGAGAUCCAAAAUCCUUGCCCGGCUUCACAUGGCGUAUAUUCAAAACGAAAUCCCUUCAAAUCGUAUAAGUACAAAAGUUUUGUAAUGCUCUUUCAAAAGGAGGUCGUUAAGAAUUAUUAUCAUCACACUUUAAAUGUUUCUUACAGACAUUAA